AUGGGAACAAACAGGAUAAUUGAAUGUAUAUUUUUUAGUGAAUUUCACCCCACUCUAGGCCCUAAAAUCACUUACCAGGUUCCCGAGGAAUACAUCUCUCGCGAGCUGUUUGACACGGUGCAGGUUUACAUUAUAACGAAACCCGAACUGCAGAACAAGUUAAUAACUGUUACUGCUAUGGAGAAGAAGCUGAUUGGCUGCCCGGUCUGCAUCGAGCAUAAGAAGUACAGUCGUAAUGCCUUACUCUUUAACCUGGGUUUUGUCUGCGACGCCCAAGCCAAAACGUGCGCGCUGGAACCCAUCGUCAAAAAACUCUCUGGUUACCUCACAACUCUGGAGUUGGAGAGUGAAUUUAUCUCUAAUGAAGAGAGCAAACAGAAGUUGUUGCCCAUCAUGUCCACAUUACUGGAGGAACUGAAUGCUUCUGGAGCCUGUACCUUACCCAUCGACGAGUCAAACACCAUUCAUCUGAAGCUGAUUGAGCAGAGGAAGGAUCCGGUGAUAGUGCAGGAAUACGAUGUGCCCGUAUUCACUCAGAACAAAGAUCAUUUCAUCAAGACCCAGUGGGACCUCACCACACAGCAGAUCCUGCCCUACAUCGACGGAUACAGACACAUUCAGAAGAUCUCGGCCGAGGCAGAUGUCGAGCUCAAUUUGGUUCGAAUCGCUGUUCAGAAUUUACUGUAUUAUGGAGUUGUCACGCUGGUUUCUAUAUUUCAGUACUCCAACGUGUACCGCACCACUCCCAAAGUCCAGAACCUCAUAGAUGACAAGUCUGUCCAGGAGGAGUGUCUGCACUAUGUCAGCAAACCAGGUGAGUGAGGACAUGAGCGGGCCAGUUUAAGAGACGUGUUCCAGCUGUACUGUGGUUUGACCCCUGGUACUACAGUGCGUGACCUUUGCUCCCGACAUGCUCAGCAGCUGCAGAGGGUGGAUGAGAGGCGGCUGAUCCAGUUCGGUCUGAUGAAGGGGCUGAUUCGCCGGCUGCAGAAAUAUCCCGUCAAAGCGAUACGAGACGAGAAGAGUCGUCCGCCGCGCCUCUACACGGGUUGUCAUAGUUACGACGAGAUCUGCUGCAAAACAGGAAUGAGCUACAGGGAGCUGGAGGACCGUCUGGAAAACGACCCAAACAUCGUCAUCUGUUGGAAAUGAACGUCUGUCUACGCGCCCACACAGAGAGAGACGCAGGACGGAGGAGACAGCUGAGUAGGACAGCCGUCCACAGGACGACUGCUGUGCCCUGAUAGACACUGCAACACGGAGAGAGCCUCAGCGUCAAAGCUGUUUCAUUGCUCUAUAGGAUUUGGCAUUGAGUAGGCUACUGAGAUAUCCUUGUGCCAAGGCCUGAGGGUGGAAUGAGAGUGUUGCUGCCCUGCAUGCAAGUUCAAACACCAUACAUACAAACACUGAAACACACGCACACCCACACACACGCUGAGUGAAUUCUUGCCCCAGGAAAAUGUGCUGAAGGUGAUCAUUGUUAAAAGCGCUAAGUGCUCUCUUUGUGACGAUCUCUGAGAUAUGUUUACUUGGAAGCUGGAACUUUUAACAUUCUGAAAGCUCUUUACGGAGACAUCGCAAAAUAUUGCUGCAACGGAAUACUGCUUUUUGUACAUCUUUCAGACCCCUAGUAU